UCAUCCAACAAGCCAACACUACCUCAGGAGAAGAUAAGACCGCUCACAAGUCUAGACCAUCCCCAAAGUCCUUUUUAUGACCCUGAAGGAGGUUCCAUUAAAUCAGUAGCCAGAGUUGUCAUUGAGAGGAUUGCGCGAAAGGGAGAACAGUGCAAUAUUCUUCCUGAUAGCAUUGAUGACAUUGUUGCAGAUCUUGCUGCAGAAGCUCCAGAAGAUGAAGAUGAUACUCCUGAAACCUGCAUCUAUUCGAACUGGUCUCCCUGGUCAGCCUGUAGCUCUUCCACAUGUGAAAAGGGCAAGCGGAUGAGGCAGAGAAUGCUCAAAGCCCAGCUUGACCUCAGUGUGCCUUGUCCAGAAACUCAGGACUUCCAGCCUUGUAUGGGCCCAGGCUGUAGUGAUGAAGAUGGCUCCACAUGCAUGAUGUCUGAGUGGAUAACGUGGUCCCCUUGUAGUGUAUCUUGUGGCAUGGGAAUACGAUCGAGGGAGCGAUAUGUGAAGCAGUUCCCGGAUGAUGGCUCCAUGUGCAAAGUGCCUACAGAAGAAACCGAGAAAUGCAUUGUAAAUGAAGAAUGUUCUCCUAGCAGUUGCCUGGUAACCGAAUGGGGAGAGUGGGAUGAAUGCAGUGCCAGCUGUGGGAUGGGAAUGAAGAAGAGACACAGAAUGAUCAAGAUGACCCCGGCAGAUGGAUCCAUGUGCAAAGCAGAAACCACAGAAGCUGAGAAAUGCAUGAAUCCCGAAUGCCAUACCAUUCCCUGCCUGCUUUCUCCUUGGUCUGAAUGGAGCGACUGCAGUGUCACUUGUGGAAAGGGGAUGAGGACCAGGCAACGGAUGCUAAAAUCUGCUGCAGAGCUUGGAGAUUGCAAUGAAGAACUAGAACAAGUAGAGAAAUGCAUGCUGCCAGAGUGUCCAAUUGACUGUGAUCUGACAGAAUGGUCUCAGUGGUCUGAAUGCAAUAAGUCUUGUGGGAAAGGCCAUAUGAUCAGGACAAGAAUGAUCAAAAUGGAACCUCAGUUUGGAGGAGCGCCAUGCCCAGAAACUGUACAGCGUAAAAAAUGCCGAAUAAGAAAAUGCUUGAGAAACCCCAAUAUUGAGAAAAGGCGCUGGAAAGAAUCUCGGGAGAAAAGGAGGAGUGAACAAGCGAAAGAAGAUGUCGAUGGUGGACAAUUCCCAGGUUGUAAAAUGAAGCCAUGGACUGCUUGGUCAGAAUGCACCAAACUGUGUGGGGGUGGAAUCCAGGAGAGGUUUAUGACCGUCAAGAAGCGUUUCAAAAGCAGUCAGUUCACUAGCUGCAAAGACAAGAAGGAAUUAAGAGCCUGCAAUGUUCAUCCCUGUUAGCAAACCGAAGUCUUUUGAAUAAUGCACUCCUGAGCUAAAUGUAAAAAAAAAUCAACCUUGGUUUGAUUUUUUUUAAAGAAAAGAGAAAAUAUAUAAAUUGUGUAUAUUAGUCUUCAUUUUUUGCAGUGUGGUUUGCUUAAUUAGUCUUGCUGGUGCAAGAGAUCUAUUUUAUAAAUACUUCCUUACAAAUAUCUGCUGAGAGUAGUUCCUUAAUGCUCCAGCUAGCCCUUAACGCAUAAAACUAGUGAAGUCAUUGUGAAAUCUUAUAACACUGAAAUUAUAGACAUAUCUGUGUGGACAAACCAUAAUCAUAAAAAUAGUCCCUGUAAAUACUAGGGAUGCAUGCAAAAAUGAUACUGCAAACCUAAAUAUUUGGAAACCAUUUUCAAAAUAUUCAAAGCAGUGCCUCUGUGUUUAUACAGCUGUGCCAAGGAAUUACUUUAAUAAUACUACAGGUGCAUAUUGAUCUUCAACCAUCAGCAAUGUAAAAAAAAUGGUAUUUAUAGCAAUCCUUUGACAAUAUCCCUUUUCUCCUUCCUGCAAUUACUUAGACCCCUAUUAAAUAAAUCACCUUAUGAUUGUUUCCAUUAAGAAAGGAAAGCAAAUAUAAGCUGCCCAGAUAUUGAAGAGUCAUGAGGAACAAUUUUCCAUCUGUAAGCCAAGUGUUAAUUAGCCAGUAAGCUGCAUUUAAAAAUAUCUUCCAUACUCUCUCACAGUCGUAUGCUAGGUGAUAAAGUACAGGAAAAUAUCCUCCCUUAGUAAGUUCUCUUUGCAUGCAACAUUGCUAGGCAAAUACAUUUCAGAAGCUUGAGGGGAAAUUGUGGACUUUGACAGAGUUAUCCAGUGUAAAUAAACAAUAUAAAUACUCAUAAAAGAUGUGAAUCUACCCAGCUCUAAAGUAGCUGAUCUUAUUCUAUCCACCAAGUCCAGGAAGAAUUAAAGAACGUUUUAUUUUGUUUGGUUCAGAAUUUACUUUUCCUUCUUUGUCACACAGCAAUUUAAUUUGGCUUCUAUUCCUCUUACCUAAAUGUCACUGCAUUCAUCAUGUUUUUGCUUUAUUUUUCUACUCUGCAACUCCGUGGUCAUAGUGAACAAAGCACAUGCAGAAAAUAGCUGCUUUGUGGGAACAUGGUGUUACUAAUUUCCAAGCAUGCACACCCCUACUCACAAAGUGCAAAGGAAAAAGCAUAGCUAUUUGAAAAAUGUCAUGAAGUUGAAGGAUUAAAUAAAUGCCAGUACCACUGACAGGUUCCUUAGGGACAUCUUAGGAAUGAAGAUGAAAGCUCCUAUAUUUGUAUUAUAAAAUUUUAUUACAGGCUUAUAGCUUGAACUUUUAGAUUUCAGCUUCCAUAAUCCCUAGUCAACACAGAUGGUUGAAAAGACCGCCAUCAAAAAAAUCAGAUUGUCUGUCCUGUCUGCAAUUUAAUACAUAAUUAUGUGACAUGUCUUGCAAAUGAAAAACAAGAUAGCUUAAAUUAAUGAAUGCCAAAUGCCAGUAUACAUUAGAUCCCAAAACAGAAAAUUAUAACUUAAAAGCAUGAAGCCAGAUCAUGUCAAGCAGGAAUUGGGUCAAUAUAUUUAUAGAAUUAACUGGCUUGGCCUUUUUAGAUAGCAGAAAUUCUUAGCACCUUAGGGGCACAAGGGUGGCCAUAAGGGGAUUUUUAGUUUCCAAAGAUUAGCAAAAUUCUUUUCCCCUAAAGAUUUAUGUACAGGUACAUAUACUUUCAUUCAUCACUUCCAUAUGACCACACAAUCUUCCUUUUUAUGAAGUUUCCAAAGUUCCUCCAUCUAAAUCUAGAUAAGGCUAUGGCUCAACUAGGUUGCUAGAAAUGUACCCUCAUAAAUUAUAUUACAAUUAUUGUACUUUUUCAUUCUGAACAGCCAGAUAUUUUUUAAUGUAACUCACCCAAAAACACUGGAGUCCAAGGCAGAGAGUGAACAUAGGAGUUCUAUAGGUCCAGCAUAUGGGCACGUAUAGAGCAGAAACAUCUUGAAACAGCAAAUAUUUUUCAAGUUGCUAUCAGUAUUGGAAUCCCCGGUCUUCAGAUAUUAAAAGUUCUUUUGUUUUAUGAUGAUAAAUUAGUCAUCCGUCCAAUCAAAAUAUGCAUAAAAUGUGUACACUCCUGAUGAAUUUAACUGCAACAAACAGUUCCUUUUAUUCUGUGAUGUAUUAAAUAUUGGUGACUGUCUUAGAAGAGUGUUGGCUCUAGUGAACUAAGUGCAAACACUGCGCCUGAUUUUAGAGGAAUUCAGAAUUGGUAUUUCACUGGGGGCAAUAUUUGACUGACAGAAUUGUGGCACAGUUGCCUUUAAUUUCUUUAAUGUCUAAUAGUAUUAGGAAUGGUUGGCCAACUUUUCAAAGGAUUGCUAUCAGAAAGCAUGACAAAGCUUGCAGAUGAAUAUAAUUUCCAUCUUAUAUCAGUAGUUGCCCCAGUUCAUACUAAAAAAAAAAGAAAAUAUUCUAAUUUGUUUCAAAGGGAUUUUUGUCUUGAAGCUUGUGACUCUUCACAGAAUAAUACAUAAAAAGUAUCAGAAGAAAAUGAAGGGAAAAACCAGAAGAAAUCCAAUCCAAUUAUAGUUAUUCCAUUAUUUUAAUUAUGGACUUUAAUUAAGAUUACCUUGUACCACUGAAUUUAGAAGAAUUUAAUUAUAUCUAAUGUAUUGAAACCCUUAAGAUUUCUGUGUUAAAAAAAUGAACCCAUUGUAAUAUGGAAUACAUAUUUCUGAAUUGCUACAAACCUUGUAAUAAUGUUGGGUCCACAUCAACCAACUAAAAUAUAUGGAGGGUUGUUUUUUUUUUUUUACAGUAAUUCAUGUCUCUUGCACACUUGAGAACCAAAAUGCAGGUAUACAGCAGCUAUAAAAUUUUAUACACCUCACUAACCAUUUAUUAACAUUGGUAUAUCUUCUUGUUCCUCUUUGUUGUUGUUGUUUUUUAAAAAAAUAAUCUGUAGAAACUUUACAAGCAAUGAACAGAAAUGCUGGGGGGGGGAAUUAUAUGUACAAUAGGUUUUAAUAAAAGCUACUUGGUUUUUUUAAAAAAAAUUCAGAAAAGACCCUCUUUUAUUUUAAGUUUUCUUGUUAUUUUGGGUUCGCAAUGAAAUUUUUGAGAAAACUGUUAUGGAUAUAUUUCCUACCAAAGUCUUGUGUAGAUGUUUUGUAUGUAGUUGUCUGGCUAACACAUUAUUAUUUUGGAAUAAAGACAUCUUUACUAUAAAAA